AUGAAGCAGCCAUCCCUUGUCCUUGGCCCCAUGGUCCUCCUACUUCUGGCUGACUGCGGCUGUGCCCUCAGCCUCUCCAAUGGGAACCUGCGCACCUUCCUGGGCUGUGCUGUGAGGGAGUUUACCUUCCUGGCCAAGAAGCCGGGCUGCAGGGGCCUUCGCAUCACCACAGAUGCCUGCUGGGGCCGCUGCGAGACCUGGGAGAAGCCCAUUCUGGAACCUCCAUACAUUGAAGCCUACCACCGAGUCUGCACCUACAAUGAGACCAAACAGGUGACUGUCAAACUGCCCAACUGUGUCCCUGGAGUCGAUCCCUCCUACACCUACCCAGUGGCUGUUCGCUGCGACUGCGGAAGCUGCUCCACGGCCACCACGGAGUGUGAGACCUUCUAAGGCGUGGUCUGCAGAACACAGCUCGUGGCCUUGGGCCUUGUGGACCCACCUGCAGUGGCAGUCCACGCUGCUCUACCCCCCGGAUUGUUUCAAGGACUGUUUAGCUUUGCCCAUGCUAGUGGAGGAACUUAACUGUCUUCUCGAGGCCAAGUCAGGCACAAGGGUCAGUCUAUAUGCUUGUCCUAAAAAUGUGAGACAAUAUUUGUGCCUUAACCAAAGUAAUUGCACAUUCAUGUUUCUUUACCUUCAGUCUUGGAACAUGACUUUAGUCUCUCAGUCCUUCUCCAAUUUGGAUUUAUGUCAAUGAUUUCCAUGCACUGAAUAUGA